GAUGGUCGACGGUUCCCUGCCCAUGCAGCCCGUCGUUCUCAAGCCUCGCGUUUGAGAAAGUUUGACGCAUUCAAGUAGAUGACAGAGCUCUCUCUUCGACCUCGAUCGUUGUCUUCAGAGGAGUGUACGUCGAGCGACAGUCAGGCUAGAGAUCCUUGAAGCUGCAGAAUCGUCUCCGGCUUUGUGUUCUCAUAGAGGUCUUCUGAUUGCACAGGGUUUACGCCGGGCGCCACUGUUCUUUCUCGAACGACGUAACCUACGCAUCACCUCCCCUCCUCGCCCACUUUGGGCUCUCCUUACGAGACGCUUGCCUCUUUCCACUCUUUGACGCUUGAUAUCAGCCCAACAGCGGCGCUAUGAAGGGCAUCCUCAAAAACUCGUCGAGUGCCAAGGGCUACCUCGUCCUCUCCCAGCACGACAACGCACCCAGUCCGACGGUCGAGAUACCGGCUACGCCUGGCUCCUACGACGACGAGCACGAUGGAUGGGCCGAGACACCGACCUCGCCCGAGUUCGAGAAAGCGCACGACAAGGACAGGCGGUGGUAUGCACGCAUUCUGCGCAGGAUCAAUACGUGGGCGGACCGCCAGCCGCGCAUCGUGCGCUUGAAGGAGAUUGCGGACGCGAACUAUGGGAUGCUGCUUAUUAUGCUGUCGCAGUUCUUUUUCUCGUUUAUGAACUUGGGCGUGAAGAUCUUGAAUACGCUGGAGAAGCCUGUGCCUACUAUGGAGCUCAUCAUCGUGCGGAUGGUCAUCACGUUUCUCUGCUGUGUCAGCUACAUGGUCCUCCGAAAAGUCCCAGACCCAUUCCUGGGCCCAAAGGGCGUGCGACUGCUGCUCGUGGCGAGAGGACUAUUCGGCUUCUUCGGCCUCUUCGGCGUGUACUAUUCGCUGCAGUACCUCUCGCUCGCGGACGCGACGACGCUGACCUUCCUCGGUCCGCUGGCUACUGCGAUCUCGGGGCGGAUAUUCCUGAAGGAGGCGUAUUCGAAGAGGGAGGCGUGUGCUGCAAUAUGCAGCUUGCUGGGUGUCAUAUUGAUCGCACGACCUCCGUUCCUGUUUGGUCACAGCGAGUUACCUGGCGCUGGAGCGCAUGAGGGGGUAGGCGGGGAGACUGGUGCGGUCCUGGCUACGACGGCGCAGCGAUUGCGGGCUGUGGGUGCGUCGUUGAUCGGUGUAUGCCUUGGCUCGUUGGCCCAGUGUGCUAUACGGGCAAUCGGGACGAAGGCACAUGCGAUGCACUCGAUGACGUUCUUUUCGCUGUGGUGUGUGAUUGUGUCGAGUACUUCGAUGACGACGCUCGAUAUCCACAUGAUGGUUCCUCAGCGCUGGGAGUGGGGAGCUGUUCUCGUUUUUAUUGGGUUGUGUGGGUUCUUUGCACAGACAUUGGUUACUAUUGGGUUGCAGAGGGAAACGGCUGCAAGAGGUGCUAUGGGUGUAUAUAUUCAGGUCAUCAUUGCGGGAUUUCUGGAGUACAUGUUUUUUGGGGUCGUACCGACCCUGCUCAGUCUGGUGGGCGCUGGGAUAAUCAUCGCCUGCGCCGUGUUCAUCGUGAUGACCAAAAAGGUCGAGAAAAAGAUUGCAAGGAUCGACACGGCGGUUGAGGAAGGCUUGCUCGCAAGGCGUGACUCGCAUGAAUCCGGCUCAGAAGAGGGUAGUGAAGGGGAGGUGGUUAAGCUCGAGAGCAUUAGCCAUGAAGGAGUAGCGCAGGGCGCCAUUCAGGUGGUGAUGCGCGCGUAGCUGACUUGUGUUUGAUGGUUUGAUCCUAAGGGAAUAGGUGGUUCGAGUAGAUAUAGAUUCGGAUAGAAGGUUGUACUACAUAUUAGAAGGGCUUCUGCAUCUCCCAGUGUACAAUUGAACCUUGUAUUUAUGUUCGAGUUGACCAAUGAUCUUAAUU